GAGUGAAUUAAAGCCUUUGGAUGGAUUGGAGUAUAUUAAGCCACUCAGACAUAAAGUAGAUGUUUAAGUAGAAGUAAGUUAGCAAGUUUUAGGGUGAGUUCUAAUGCUUUUAGUAAGUGAAAGGUUUCAAAUGCCAGAGUAGCAGAGUGAGUUCUAGUGAAGGUUGAAACAUCCUGAUAUCUUCAGCAAGAGGCUCCAGGCCCACAGUGGUAGGCAGGACUUAGACAUAAUAGAGCUAUAGUAAGUGGUGGGGAACUGAACUGUGUGGCUCAGGCACAGCCUGGUGUGCUGGGCAGGACACUGGGAGGUGGAUCCAGUGGUGUGAUGAGCUGAUUUCUCUUUCCCUGGGCACGCAGACAAUGAGGAGACAGAGGGCAGCGACGUCCCUGCAGAUUACCUGCUGGGAGAUGUGGAGGCAGAUGAGGAUGACCUGUACAUGAUGGACCACGAGAACCCGCACGCUGAAGAGCAGGAAUACAGCCUUCCCCAGGAAGCCUUCCCCCUGCGCCACGAGAUCGUGGACAACCCAUCAGCCUUGGACCACCUGCAGGACAAGGCCGACUCGCCCCACGUCAGCGGCAACGAGGCCGAGACGGUGUCGCUGACGCCCGUGGAGUCCUUCUCGCUCAUCUCCAUCUCCCACUCGCUCUACGAGAACCGCCUGCCCUCCGACUUCUUCAGCCCCAUCGUGCGGGACACGCUGCUCUUCUACGCCGAGCAGGGCGACGUGCAGACGGCCGUGUCCGUGCUCAUCGUGCUGGGGGAGCGCAUCCGCAAGGAGAUCGACGAGCAGACGCAGGAGCACUGGUACACGUCCUACAUCGACCUGCUGCAGCGCUUCCAGCUCUGGAACAUCUCCAACGAGGUGAUCAAGCUGAGCACCUGCCGUGCCAUCAACUGCCUCAACCAGGCUUCCACCACCCUGCACAUCAACUGCAGCAACUGCAAGCGGCCCAUGAGCAACAGGGGCUGGAUCUGCGACAGGUGUCGGCAGUGUGCCAGCAUGUGUGCCGUGUGUCACCACGUGGUGAAGGGGCUCUUCGUCUGGUGCCAGGGCUGCAGCCACGGCGGCCACCUGCAGCACAUCAUGAAGUGGCUGGAGACCAGCUCCCACUGCCCCGCCGGCUGUGGCCACCUCUGCGAGUACACCUGAGCCCCUGAGAGUGCACCUGAGCCCCCGAGAGUGCACCUGAGCCCCCCGAGAAUACAGCUAACCCCCGCGCCUGCGGCGGAGUUGGCAGCGGGGUGGGGCAGGGGGUGAGCAGGGCAGGCAGCGUGCCCUGCCCGAUACCCCUGGCAACGCCCUCCCUGUAUUUAUUUGUGUAAAUAAGGGCUGGGGGUGCACCCCCUGCCCGCCCGUUUUUUACUGGAUUAAAACAAACCAGCAGUUGAAUCGA